CAAGUGGGUGUGUGUUGUCUACCCCUCGUUCUGUCGUGCGACGUUUUUAUUAAAGUUACAAGAUGGCGACGGUGCAUCUAAGAAUCGGGGACCUAGUGUGGGGCAAGCUUGGUCGGUAUCCACCCUGGCCAGGAAAGAUCGUCAGUCCGCCCAAGGACCUGAAGAAGCCGAGGGGCAAAAAAUGCCAUUUUGUGAAAUUCUUUGGAACAGAAGACCAUGCCUGGAUCAAAGUGGAACAGCUGAAGCCCUACCAUGCCCACAAAGACGAGAUGAUCAAGAUAAACAAGGGCAAGCGUUUCCAGCAGGCGGUGGACGCUGUGGAGGAAUUCCUCAAGAAAGCUAAGGGAAAAGAACAGAACUCUGACAGCAAAGGAGAGUCAAAGGGAAAGAAACCGAAUAAGCCACUGAAGAUAUUGGAUGAGGACGAUGAGGACCUCAGCGCCUUGAAGGACCCCUCCGAGAAGGACUUAACAGAUUCUGACCCUGAGCCGUCAGCUCUGGAGAGGCUUGGGCCAGGACCCGGCUCUGCAUUCAAAUGGGAAAGCAGUGUUGUGAAAGACGACCCACAUUUUCAUCACUUCCUACUCAGCCAGUCAGAGAAGGCCUCGACAGUGGAGCCCAUCAGCAAACGCUUGAAGAUCAUUGAAGAGGACACGGGGUCAACGUCCAUCCAGGCGGCAGACAGCACAGCCAUCAACGGCAGCAUCACACCCACAGAUAAAAGGAUAGGCUUCCUGGGUCUAGGGCUCAUGGGCAGCGGCGUGGUGUCCAACCUCCUGAAAAUGGGCCAUGUGGUCACCGUGUGGAACCGCACAGCGGAAAAGUGUGACCUUUUCAUCCAGGAAGGCGCUCGGUUAGGCCGGACCCCUGCUGAGGUGGCUUCCAUGUGUGACAUCACAUUCUCCUGCGUGUCAGAUCCAAAGGCUGCCAGAGACCUGGUGCUGGGCCCCAGCGGCGUCCUGCAGGGCAUCCGGCCCGGGAAGUGCUACGUGGAGAUGUCCACUGUGGACCCGGAGACCAUCACGGAGCUCUCUCAGGUCAUCACGUCGCGAGGGGGUCGCUUCCUGGAGGCCCCCGUGGCUGGGAGUCAGCAGCUCUCCAAUGACGGCAUGCUGGUCAUCGUGGCUGCCGGGGACAGGACGGUGUAUGAGGACUGCAGCAGCUGCUUCCAGGCCAUGGGCAAGACCUCCUUCUUCCUGGGUGAGGCUGGGAACGCCGCUCGGAUGAUGCUGAUCCUCAACAUGGUGCAGGGAAGCUUCAUGGCCACGAUAGCCGAGGGCCUCACCCUGGCCCAGGCCACGGGCCAAUCACAGCAGACCUUCCUCGACAUCCUGAGUCAGGGUCAGAUGGCCAGCACCUUUGUGGACCAGAAAUGCCAAAACAUCCUACAGGGCAACUUCAAACCAGACUACUAUUUAAAACACAUCCAGAAGGACCUGAGACUUGCCAUCUCCAUGGGUGACUCGGCCAACCACCCAACCCCGAUGGCGGCUGCGGCCAAUGAGGUCUACAAGCGGGCCAAGGCACUGGACCAGUCUGACAAUGACAUUUCUGCCGUGUACCGGGCCUACAUUCAUUAGAGCUGCUGCUGGACCCCCCCCCCCCCGUCGCUCCUGCCGAACACGAUGAGCUUUUUUUUUUUUUUUUUUUUUUUUUUUUUAUAUCCUCCACCUUAGUUUCCUGUCUUUCCUCCAGCCAGUGGCACUGCUAGCAUGUGUGGACGGCCUGCUGGGGUCGUCCCCUGCUGGCGCCGCGUGGCUCUGCACCUGUCUGAUGGAAGACUCUCCUUUUCUAACAUGAGCCCCUUCUCUCUGAUAUUUAAUUUCCAGUGAUACCCUCCGGAGGGAGCCAGUGAGCGCGCCACUGCAUUGCCUUAACUGUCGUGAUUCUAGUCGUCCCUCAGCUUUAUCCUGAAUAGUUAUUUAUUUGUUUGCUUUUUGAGGGCAGGUUUGCCUGACACCUCCGUGCUCGAUGGUUCCAUCUCGUCUGUGGAGGGAGUUGAACUGUAUCAAGCCUUAAAUGCAGUCUGCUUCCGUCUGUUUCCUCAGUCACUGGUUCUUCUGCUUCACUGCUUCAUUUUGUCCUGUCGUCCAUCCGCGUCUGAGGCAUGUUUUACCUGGAUCCCUUCCUCCAGACACUCAUGCUGCCAUCGGUGUCUGUGAUCACUUCUAUUUCAGCUCUACCCCGGAGCGUCUGUGACACUGGGCUUCGACAGAGCAGUAGGGUGUGGGCAGCUGAGCGGAGAGCCGCUGGUGAAGGACAGGCGUAUCCGCCUUCGGCUUCAUCACUGACAGAAGCGUUUUAUUUUCAGUGCAGAAACGGUCGUCACAUUUUAGCUUCCGAUGCUUGCGAGUUUGCUCUGGUGCGUGACUCUGUCUGCACCUGUUCGAUUUGCUUUUUAAAUCUUCUAGGACUGUUACAAUGGCUCCUACGUGUGGUGGACUGGUCCAAAGGAAGACCUGGCGGGACCCAGUUGUCACUCCUCGCACUGAACAAUCAAUUCCAUGUAACUGAUCAAAAGAUCCGACCCCGUCGACUGAUCCUCCUCUGUCAACGUCUUACUGUCUGAAACCUUUGUGUUUUUUUUUCUUUUUAAAACAUGACUUUUAACCCCACUCAUCCAUCCUGGCUAUUUUCUGUGAGCCCUGAUUUGAUCCGCUAAUGACGGAGUCCACGUUUCCUGAAAUUCUCUUCACUCAGUCAAAGCUUUGUUUGCUCACCAGUCCCGCUGUUGAUUUAGUUGCAUGAAUCCAACAUCCCGCCUACAACACGUGUUUUUGCCAUCAGGUUCUUUCACUUGUGACGAGCAUUUUUUUUUAAAGAUGUAAAUAGUGCGUUGGGCAAGUUUUUUUUCUAUGAAUUAUAAAUGAAAGAAGUCGAUGGUUUGUUUCAAGUGUGACAUGAUUUUAAAAGUCUAAUGAUCUAGAUUUGGGGAAUGAGGUUGUAACUUCAGCUCGGGGGAAUAUUUAUGAUUUUGUGGAAAAUGUUCACAUUUUUGUGCAUUUAAUAAAACCUCUCCUGAUGA